UAUCUUUUAUCGUCGAAAUUUAAGAAAAAUAAAUAAAGGAAAAAAAAAAAGAAGAAAAGUAAGACGAAAAGAAGGGGACGGAGCAGAAAAAGAAGCCUGUGGCACAAUUCCCCAUACGUGCCCUUGACUCUCUUUCUCUUCUUUGUUUCCGUCGUCACCGUCGCCUUCCUCUCUAACCACCGUCGAAGCUUUCGUCACCGUUCAAAUCUCUCUUCUCUUUCCUUCAGCUCCAUCACUCCUUGAAAUCUGAAAUACUUGCUGUUUAUCCUCUAUGAGGUACUUGGCCUUGAGUUUUGCAUAGCUUGAAUAAGUUGUGUGAAUCAUGGGGUCAGCUUGUUGUGUUGCAGCAAGAGAUGGAACCCUUCCAAACAGAACUGGAGGUGAAACUUUGCAUAGAAAUGUAACGUGCUCGCCGUCAUGGAGCUUCCGUUGGGAUAAUCGAAGGCGUGUGGCUGGUGAAAUUGAAGAGACACCUUAUCAGGUGUCUAAUGGAGCUAGCAGAAAUGUUAGCAUGGAGAUAAAAGGGACAUUAGGCUCUGAUAGAGGUAAUCUUUCUGAUCAAGGAAGUCCGCUUGAGAUUGAGAACCAUGGAACACCCACUUCGCAAAAAUCACCAGUCCAUGAAGAAAUGGGUGGGACUAUGAUGACCCGCCCUUCAGAUAUAUCAAGGGCAAGCAAUUAUUCCAUUGAGGUGAAGAAUUUGGCAGAAUCGCCAGAUAUUGUGGAUUCAUCUGCACCUAAGCUUUCAUUUUGUAUACCUUCAUCUUUAUCACCACCAAUUAUAGAUACUUUGUCUAGCCAUGCUCAUUCACUUCCUCCCAACUCAACCCCAUCCAGACGGACUCGGCAUUCCCCUGGGCACCGGCUAUUGAGGCAGGUGUCUGAUAGUCGAAUCCUGGGAAUGAAAUCACCAAAUAAUUAUUCAAUGUCUGAAGGAAGGUCAUCUUUUGUGCUUUCCACGUGUAGCAAUGACUUAACAGCUGGAUCUCAUGGAGGCUCUUCUGAUGGUUGGUCCAUGCGCACUUUUUCUGAGCUUGUGGCCUCUUCUCAAAGAGAAAGGUGGUCUUUUGACACUGAACACGUAGGUUCUGGUUAUGGCAAUAUAAGUGGCUCUAGCAGCAGGUUCUCAUAUUCUCCAUCCAUAGAUAUGCGAACUUGUGGGGCUUGCUCAAAGCUUUUGGCUGAGAGAUCUUCAUGGAGCAGCAAUGAAAUUUCAGUUGUUGCCGUACUUGUCUGUGGACAUGUUUAUCAUGCUGAAUGCUUGGAGACCAUGACGCCAGAAGCUGACAAAUAUGACCCAGCCUGCCCAUUAUGCAUGGUUGGAGAAAAGCAGGUCUCAAAGAUGUCCAGAAAAGCUUUGAAAGCUGAGGCAGAGUUGAAGGCAAAAUAUCUUAAGUUGUUAAAGAAUAGAAUUAUAGAUGGUUUCGUAGAUGGUGGUUGUGAUGAUUUUGACCACCAACAAAAUGCCAAACGAGAAGGUAAAGCUCCAAAAUUGGAACCCAGUUCAAGCUGGAGAAGCUCCAUGGCAAAGCCUUUCUUGAAACGCCACUUCUCUAUUGGGUCUAAGUGGGGCAGAUCACUAUCGGAGAAUGAUUCUGCCAGGAAGAAGGGGUUUUGGGUAAGAUAUCGAAAAGAUUGAGUUCCUUCCUGUGCUGGCAUGAGGUAAGGAGCCUGUUCAUUUCAUCAUAAAAGUUUAUCAGUCAGUAAAUAUGCUUUUGUUUCCCUUACUUAAAAGGGUUUAAGUAGAGAAACUCACUGCUUACAGUAUGCUCUGUGAGUCAUUCUUCCAAGUUCCAAUGCAAUCAAAUCUCAGCUUCUCAAGUUAGAGAUUCUCCCCCCUUUUCUUGAAGUAAUAGUAUCUACAGGAUAGCCAUGGAAAAUUUCCUAUAUUGACCCACCUUAUAACUCGACUCCAUUGGUGUUUUGCCGGGUAGGGCAUGAGUGUGACAAACUUUGAAUUGGAUCAGAAUUUAAAUGGUGGGAUUUUGAGAGUUCAAAGUCCUAAGGAAUGCAGUUAUUUGCUUGAUUCUAGAUAGUAAGUAAGCUUGUUCUUUGUAGGUUUCAUGCUAAGAUGUAACUGAAUGUUGCUGCUUUCAACAUCUACAUGCCAUUCUGGAUGACACUGAUCUGAAAAAAACUUACGCCUUCAGCCAUUGACAAGAUCAACUCAAUGAAGCAUUGAAUUGAUUGGGAAAAUGACAACUCAAAAUUUCACUGUGCUUUGCCUUUUCAAUUCUUCUUCGCUGUAUUCACAUAAUUUUUAUUGUUAACACAAUAGCUCUGUGCUCUUGUAGUGCUUGGGCUGGAGUUUAUGGAGAAUGGAUGACUCAUUACGUGUUAAAGCUCAAUUUCACAUUCGCAUAGUUAGUAUAGUCA